AUGCUGCUUUUGCUGCUGCUGGCGCCUGUCUUCCUCCGCCCCCUGGGCGCGGGCGGGGCGCAGACCCCCAACGCCACCUCCGAAGGUUGCCAGAUCAUACACCCGCCCUGGGAAGGGGGCAUCAGGUACCGGGGCCUGACUCGGGACCAAGUGAAGGCUAUCAACUUCCUGCCCGUGGACUAUGAGAUUGAGUAUGUGUGCCGGGGGGAGCGCGAGGUGGUGGGGCCCAAGGUGCGCAAGUGCCUGGCCAACGGUUCCUGGACAGACAUGGACACACCCAGCCGCUGUGUCCGAAUCUGCUCCAAGUCUUAUUUGACCCUGGAAAAUGGGAAAGUUUUCCUGACGGGUGGGGACCUCCCAGCUCUGGACGGAGCCCGGGUGGAUUUCCGGUGUGACCCCGACUUCCAUCUGGUGGGCAGCUCCCGGAGCAUCUGUAGUCAGGGCCAGUGGAGCACCCCCAAGCCCCACUGCCAGGUGAAUCGAACGCCACACUCAGAACGGCGCGCAGUGUACAUCGGGGCGCUGUUUCCCAUGAGCGGGGGCUGGCCGGGGGGCCAGGCCUGCCAGCCCGCGGUGGAGAUGGCGCUGGAGGACGUGAAUAGCCGCAGGGACAUCCUGCCGGACUAUGAGCUCAAGCUCAUCCACCACGACAGCAAGUGUGAUCCAGGCCAAGCCACCAAGUACUUGUACGAGCUGCUCUACAAUGACCCCAUCAAGAUCAUUCUCAUGCCGGGCUGCAGCUCUGUGUCCACACUUGUGGCUGAGGCUGCCAGGAUGUGGAACCUCAUUGUGCUUUCCUAUGGCUCCAGCUCACCAGCCCUGUCAAACCGGCAGCGCUUCCCCACAUUCUUCCGAACACAUCCAUCUGCCACGCUCCACAACCCUACCCGAGUGAAACUCUUUGAAAAGUGGGGUUGGAAGAAGAUCGCCACCAUCCAGCAGACCACAGAGGUCUUCACUUCGACUCUGGAUGAUCUAGAGGAACGAGUGAAGGAGGCUGGAAUUGAAAUAACUUUCCGCCAGAGUUUCUUCUCAGAUCCAGCUGUGCCUGUCAAAAACCUGAAGCGCCAGGAUGCUCGAAUCAUCGUGGGACUUUUCUAUGAAACAGAAGCCCGGAAAGUUUUUUGUGAGGUGUACAAGGAGCGUCUCUUUGGGAAGAAGUAUGUCUGGUUCCUCAUAGGGUGGUAUGCUGACAAUUGGUUCAAGAUUUAUGACCCGUCCAUCAACUGUACUGUGGAUGAGAUGACCGAGGCAGUAGAGGGCCACAUCACCACUGAGAUCGUCAUGCUGAACCCUGCUAACACCAGAAGCAUUUCUAACAUGACAUCGCAGGAGUUUGUGGAGAAACUAACCAAACGACUCAAAAGACACCCUGAGGAAACGGGAGGCUUUCAGGAGGCGCCCCUGGCCUAUGAUGCCAUCUGGGCCUUGGCACUGGCCCUGAACAAGACCUCUGGUGGAGGGGGCCGUUCCGGUGUGCGUCUGGAAGACUUCAAUUACAACAACCAGACCAUUACUGACCAAAUCUACCGGGCAAUGAACUCCUCAUCCUUCGAAGGUGUUUCUGGCCAUGUGGUGUUUGAUGCCAGCGGCUCUCGGAUGGCUUGGACGCUGAUUGAGCAGCUCCAGGGUGGCAGCUACAAGAAGAUUGGCUACUAUGACAGCACCAAGGAUGAUCUUUCCUGGUCCAAAACAGACAAGUGGAUUGGAGGGGCUCCCCCAGCUGACCAGACACUGGUCAUCAAGACAUUCCGCUUCCUGUCACAGAAACUCUUUAUCUCCGUCUCAGUUCUCUCCAGCCUGGGCAUUGUCCUUGCUGUUGUCUGUCUGUCCUUUAACAUCUACAACUCCCAUGUCCGUUAUAUCCAGAAUUCCCAGCCCAACCUGAACAACCUGACUGCUGUAGGCUGCUCACUGGCAUUAGCGGCUGUCUUCCCCCUGGGUCUGGAUGGUUACCACAUCGGGGAAAACCAGUUCCCUUUCGUCUGCCAGGCCCGCCUCUGGCUCCUAGGUUUGGGCUUCAGUCUGGGCUAUGGCUCCAUGUUUACCAAGAUCUGGUGGGUCCACACAGUCUUCACCAAGAAGGAAGAAAAGAAGGAAUGGAGGAAGACCUUAGAGCCCUGGAAGCUAUAUGCCACAGUGGGCCUGCUGGUGGGCAUGGACCUCCUUACUCUUGCCAUCUGGCAAAUUGUGGACCCCUUGCACCGGACCAUUGAGACUUUUGCCAAGGAGGAACCAAAGGAAGACAUUGAUGUCUCUAUCCUGCCGCAGCUGGAGCACUGUAGCUCCAGGAAGAUGAAUACAUGGCUUGGCAUUUUCUAUGGUUACAAGGGGCUGCUGCUACUGUUGGGAAUCUUUCUUGCUUAUGAGACCAAGAGUGUGUCCACUGAGAAGAUCAAUGACCACAGGGCUGUGGGCAUGGCCAUCUACAAUGUGGCGGUCCUGUGCCUCAUCACUGCCCCUGUCACCAUGAUUCUGUCUAGCCAGCAGGAUGCAGCCUUUGCCUUCGCCUCCCUUGCCAUUGUAUUCUCCUCCUAUAUUACUCUGGUCGUGCUCUUUGUGCCCAAGAUGCGCAGGCUGAUCACCCGAGGAGAAUGGCAGUCGGAAGCUCAGGACACCAUGAAAACAGGCUCAUCCACUAAUAACAAUGAGGAAGAGAAGUCGAGGCUGUUGGAGAAGGAGAAUCGUGAACUGGAAAAGAUCAUUGCCGAGAAAGAGGAGCGUGUUUCUGAACUGCGCCAUCAGCUCCAGUCUCGGCAGCAGCUCCGCUCCAGGCGCCACCCCCAGACUCCCCCAGAUCCUUCUGGGGGCCUACCCAGGGGCCCCUCGGAACCCCCUGACCGUCUUAGCUGUGAUGGGAGUCGAGUCCACUUGCUUUACAAGUGAGGGGGUGUCAGGCCAGUAGGGGAGGGAAAGGGAGUGGAGAGAGGGUGGGGAGCUAGAAGGAGGCAGGGGACCCCCAUCCCCAGCUGGGAAGCACUGCACUGUCCAAUCCCAUCUCUUGUAAAUACUCGUCUCUCUGUGAGUCUUGGGGUUAUUUGGUUCUCCAAUACUCCAGGAAACUGACCCUCUUUUCUCAUUCAUUCGUACAACUCUGUCACUACUUCCUCAUUUAGUUUGUACCUUGCUGGAAGCUACUCAUAACUCCUCAGCAGCCUGACUGCAUCUUCCUCUCCCACAAUACACCUCUGUCUCGUUACCAGGGCAACCCCUAAGCUCCCCACUGCCUUUGUGCUGGGCUCCUGUCAGCAGGGGUCUCCCCACAAGUGCUCUUUCCACCCCAGCAGGGGCCUCUCCAUGUCUCUCGCCAUCAUGGUCCUAAUCUUCCGUCCUGCUUGCCCUUCCACACACCCCCAUGUUUUCCUCCUCUUCAGUUUUGCUGCUUCUGAAGGCCCAGCCUUCUCACCAAGGCUCGCCCGCUCCUUGUCUCUGCUCUGUGUGUACUCACACCCAGAACUUUCCAGCACACACCCCUCCUCUCCUCUCUUGCUCAUGGCUGCUGUGUUCUUGCACCCCGUGCUGUUCCAGUGUGCUCCCUGUGUGCACCAGAGCACACAUCUCUCGUGGUCAGGUGUCCCUGUGUGUUUGGGUAAGUGUGUGUGAUUUGGGUAAGUGUGUGUUGAGCUGUAUCUUCCCUACUUGCACACAUUCAUGUGUCUCUGCAUACGUUCCCCAUGUGUCCUCAGUGCCCUCUUUAUCCCUUUGUACCUUAAGGUUAUUGUAUUUUCCAACAGAGCCAUAUGCACCCUACUUGCACAUUAUUAGGCACUUUCUCCCAAGCCAUGUUUGCUGGGCCUGUCCAUCCACUCUUCUGUUUUCAUUCCCUCUCCUUAUCAUCCAUUCACCCUCCUUAUCCUCAUCCACUUUCCUUCAUCAUGGGCAGGUUCUGAUCAAACUUCCCCUCUCCCUCUUCUGUGCUCACGUUCUACCCUCUGUCUAUUCUCACGAUUACCCUCACUCAACACCAGUGCUCUUUCCUUUUCUUUGUAAUCCAUUCCUCCUUUUGUUCCUUUGCUCCUUCAUCCCUUCCUACCUUCCUUCCUUCACCUCCUCCUCUCUUCCUUUCUCUCUCUUCUCUCUUUCUUGAACUAAGGGUAAAGAACUAGGGGGCAGACUUGGGGAGCUGCUUCUAGUGGAUAGUGGGUGAGAAUCCUACCAAAGGAAGGCGUCUCUGACUGCUGGGAUGGACAGAUGGACCGAUGGGGCGGGAGGUGUCGUCCCUUUCACACUGUGCUGUCUCUUGGAGAAGACUCUGCUCCCAACUCUCAAUAAACCAGUGAACAGUGUGA